AUGUCGGCCAAGCCCGGCGCGCGGUCGGUCGUGCCGUCCGACUCGCUUCCGAUGCAAAAGGCACUCGAAGCCACGGGUGUCCGGCGCGGCGGCGUCCGCGUCAAGCAGCAGCCGAGGGCCAAGUGGAUGGCCAAGCACCGGGCACGCGUCGGCAGCUUCAUGAUGAACAUGAAGGUCGAGUUCUUCUUCAUCACGCUCGUCAUCACGUACGGCAUCUUCGUGCUGGUGCAAAUUGCCUUUGCAGAUACGUUUGCGCAGCACGACCUGGAUCACCCAGAGAACGAGUACCAACCCAUCUUCAACUACGUCGACUUGGUGGUCGGGUCACUCCUCAUGCUCGAAUUGGGCCUCCGCCUCGUUGGCUUUGGCUGGAAUGUAAUCAAGGGCUUCUGGAACCUCUUUGACGCGAUCGUCGUCGUCGGAUCCUUCGUCCUCAGCAUCAUUAGCGUCACGACGAGCCAGCAAAACCAGUCCAAGCUCGUGGUGUCGCUGCUCCGGCUGCGCAUCAUUCUUCGCAUCUUCCGGCUGCUCGUAGUCUUCGAGCGCAUCAAGCAGCGGUCGAAAGCGAUUCAGUUUGCCCAUCGCGGCAACAACGGCCUCCAGUCGCCGCUCGAGAUGGUGCUCGCGUGUCUGAGCGAGCUGCGGUUCCACCCGGGGAUCAAACCGACAACGCACGACGAGCUCGACUACGCGAUCUACGUCAUCAAAAGCAACAAGCUCUACGACGCCAGCGAGCACCUUAUCCAGGACCAGAACAUUGACGCCGACACGCAAAACUACCUCCGCAAUGUGCUCUUGAAGAACGACGCGGGGCUCGGGGACAAUGCACAGAACCCGUCGACGCCGCGCGGCCAGAAUGGCGACGACGACGGAAGAGGCGGUCUCCAGCCGCCGCCGCUGCUGCGGAUGCAGUCUUCGAGCACCCACGACCUCUUCCCACUCACCGAGCACGGCCGCGCCGAGUUCAAUGUACUCAUGACAUCCGUCGGCGACUGGGACUUUGACGUGUUUCAAGUCAACCAUGUAACGCGGGGCAAUGCGCUCUCGCACAUGGGCUACUACCUCCUCCAUGAUAUGGCCCAAGACACGCUCAAGAUCGAAGGCCGGGUCCUCGCUGCGUUUCUCCUCGAGAUCCAGAAAGGCUACAUUCUGACCAACCCUUACCACAAUGCGAUCCACGCCGCCGACGUGAUGCAGACGUCGUACUACUUUAGCUGCCGCGCGUCCAUCACGGGCUUUUUACGGCCGCUCGAUAAGACGCUACUGCUCCUCGCCGCGAGCAUCCACGACUACAAGCACGACGGCUUCAACAACGGGUUCCACAUCGCGACGGGGUCCGAGCUCGCGAUCCGCUACAACGACACGGCGGUGCUGGAAAACUACCACGUCGCACAAACCUUCUUGACGAUGAAAGCCACGAGCUGCAAUAUGUUUCAAAACCUUACGCCCGAAGAUUUCAAGUACGCGCGAGACAUGGUGAUUCAAAUGGUGCUCGGCACGGACAUGGCCAAGCACUUUGAAGACGUCGCGCUCUUCAAGGCGACGAUCAUGCCGGCCACGCCCGACGACGUCGUCGACAUCAAGUCGGCCGGGUACGUUUUGGCGCCGCUGGAUUGUUGCAUCCAUUUUUGUUUUGUGAUUAGAGACAAGAAGCUCUUGAUGAAGAUGAUUCUGCACACUUCGGACGUGUCCAACCCGGCGAAGAUGCGCCUUACCAUGGUGCGCUGGACGGACCGCGUCGUCGAGGAAUUCUUUCUCCAAGGCGACAAAGAGAAAGCGCUCGGACUCGUCGUGUCGCCCUUCAUGGACCGGAUCACGAUUUCGCUCAAGAAGAUGCAAGUUGGGUUCGCCGACUUUGUCGUGACGCCGCUCUUCCACGUCUGGAGCAACAUCAGCGAGCAAGUCAAGGACGAAGGGUACCGGACGCUGCUCGAGAACCGCGAGUGGUGGAGCACGCGCGACGACGACUUCAAGCACGCGAUGCUCCCAAGCAUCGCCAAGGUAUUUGCGGCGUUCCUUUCUGUAUCUGGAAGUUUACCGCCGUGCUAG